UCAUUUUCUCACACGGCCAGCAAGGGAGCAAGCCGCAGACAACUCUUCCCAGCUCUUCUUCCAGGGAGUUCUCAAACUGAAAGGCGUUGCUUCCUUCCAGAUUGAAUUUCUGGUGCUUCUGCAAGUUGGUGCAGCUGAUUGGUAUGAGACUGGACUCCAGCAAACCACAUUUGGUCUUCCACUUUGUGGGAAGGGGUUGCUGGGGGUGUUUGGUGCAAACACAUUAAUAAUUUUGAAAAUGUUCUGGGGACCCACAGGCUGAGAACGGCUGCUCUAAGACAUAGCUACUGUUCAGCUCCAGUUCUAGGAACUGGUUUUACAAGUUCUUCAGUAUAAUUUUUCAAGACAUAUUGGUGCAGAGGUUAGGAGACAAGGAAAAUGAGUACAAACAGCACCCUCUUGGAUCGGAUUGUUUUCUACCCAAUUUUAUGUGAGGGAUGGAAGCAGUAUAUGGAAGGAGCGAUCUAUCACCUUGCUGGCUUCCUCCUCCUCCUGGGAUUCAUGGGAGGAAGUGGAACGGUUGGCUCCAUCUUCAUCUUUGGCUUCUUCACCGCUGGUUUCUUGUGCGCUGCGCUCUGGGGCUGGCUAGAUGCUUGUGGACUGGACAUCUUCAUCUGGAACAUGCUCUUAGUUCUGAUCUGUCUGCUUCAGUUGGCUCACCUAGUUUACCAACUCCGUCAACACGCCUUCCCUGAAGAAUUUGACAUGCUCUACAAGCAACUGUGCCAGCCUCUGCAAGUGCCACCUCAGGUCUACAAAGAAAUCGUCAAGUGUUGUGAGGAACAGGUUUUGCCACUGGCCAAAGACCAGAACUAUGCUGUGGAGGGCAAGACCUCAAUUGAUCGUCUGUCAUUCUUGUUGUCUGGCAGGUAGGCCUCACCUUCCCCUGACAAUAUUUUUUCUUGGCAUUAGAAAACUGACCCAACUGGUGCUUUUGAAAAAUAGAUGGAGUGGCAUGAAAAACAAACCAACCCAUGCAUUCUCCGAGUUCUCACAUAGGUGGUAAAACCUGUGUCUUGGCUGUAUCACUUUACUCUGCAUUUGAGGACUCAACUCAUGUGAUGGAAUACCCCCUUCUUGUCAUUUUAUCCAAAAAGACCUUGUAUGCCAUUGAGAAGACUAGGUUAGAACUUCCUCUCUGGCAUCUAGUUUUCUUUAUUGAGGGCUCCUUUGGUGUGUAUGUAUGAAGAAGCAUUCCAUCCCAUACCCUCCAACAUUUAUCCAAUGAAAAUAGGGACGUCCUAUUCCAAAAUAAUAAUAAUAAUAAUAUUGAUACCCUGCUCAUCUGACUGGGUUGCCCCAGCCACUCUGGGCAGCUUCCAACAUAUAUAAAAACACAGUAAAAAAGUAAACAUUAAAAAACUUCCCUAUGCAGGCCUGCCUUCAGAUGUCUUCUAAAGGUCUUCUAAAGGGUCACAUAACUCUAUACUUUCCAACAUUUCUCCGAUGGAAAUAGGGACAUUCUAAGGAAAACCGGGACAUUCCGGGAUCAAAUCAGAAACCGGGAUGUCUUCUGUAAAUCCAAGACUGUCCCUGGAAAAUAGGAGCACUUGGAGGGUCUGAAGUCCCAGCUUGUCUGCUGAAGUUGUCCAGCCCAGCUUUACCUUCCUACAGAUUUAGGCUUUUUUUUUUACCUUCUAAACAUGGCUAUCCAUGGGAAAAGGGGAAGGAGGGUGAGGGCUUAAGGACCCCAUCCAUAAUGCUUUUCUGUUGCAAAUGGUCUCCUCCUGAGGAUGCUUUGCAGGACUGUUGAGCUAAAGUUGCACAUGGCCCACAGUCGUGUAAUUUGGCCCUCAGCAUUUAGGGAGACAGGUGUACUGUAAAAUUAAGGUCAUGGCUCCUUGCAAGUGAAUACUUGUUUUCAGGUAAGGUUACCUGACAAAGCAGAUAAAGCAGCUGGCAAACAACAAGGAUGCUUCAGCUUCUCAAAGGGUUAUAAAAAAAUACAAGCUUUAAAUGUGGCAGCUGAAGGUUGGUUCAGCGUUUGUUUGUAUGAUGGGGAACAGUUACCAUAAUUGGGCUGUAUCUAUUCCAUUCUUUUCUGUCAUAAGUUGGUUAAGUCUGAAGGGUUCCACACUCAAGGGAUCUGCAAUUUUACAUUAAAAAAGAAAAAUAUUUCUACCGUGGGCCAGGUUUUACCUAGUUUGCUUGAUUUGUUGGCUUGUUUUAGUUUAUGCCGUGAUGCAGAAUUUGGAGACUGUUUUGUCACAACCUGGAGGAAUUAGGGGUUGGGGCACAUAAAAGGUAAGGGAAAGGAGAUGGCUGCACAAAGGGUGGGAAGGGGAUUUGCAAUCUGUAUUGGCCCCUGAGCUAUAGUUCCCUUCUCUUCCUGCUUGCGUGUUCCAUCAAAAGCCCCCAACAACAGAAAAACAAAACAGAGACAUGUUUCCUGGUAUAGAGCCUGAAACUUGCUUAGAUAAUCAGAAAUGAAGAGUCGGUGGCCAGUUUUUGCACCAAAGACCAUACUGUCCCAUCAGGGGGAAAAGGCGGUGUAUAAAUAUAGAAGAUAGUGGUACCUCGGGUUACAGACGCUUCAGGUUAAAUACACCACUAACCCAGAAAUAGUACCUCAGGUUAAGAACUUUGCUUCAGGAUGAGAACAGAAAUCGCGCGGCAGCAGCAGGAGGCCCCAUUAACUAAAGUGGUACCUCAGGUUAAGAAGAGUUUCAGGUUAAGAACAGACCUCCAGAACAAAUUAAGUACUUAACCCGAGGGACCACUGUAAUAUAGAAUACAGUGGUGCCUCGCAAGACGAAAUUAAUCCGUUCCGCGAGUCUCUUCGUCUUGCGGUUUUCUCAUCUUGCGAACCACGGCUAUUAGCGGCUUAGCGGCUUAGCGGCUAUUAACGGCUUAGCGGCUUUAAGAAAAAGGAAACAAACUCGCAAGAACUCGCAAGACGUUUUGUCUUGCGAAGCAAGCCCAUAGGGAAAUUCGUCUUGCGGAACGACUCAAAAAACGGAAAACUCUUUCGUCUUGCGCGCUUUCCGUCUUGCGAGGCAUUCGUCUUGCGAGGCACCACUGUAAUAAUUGCCAUUAUCACACAAUUCUCAAUGCAGCCUUUAAUCUUGUAAAAUGUCAUAUGCUGUAUUAAAUGAUGAUGAUGAUGAUGAUGCAAUUGCCUAAGCGGAACUUGAGCUACUCUGCCUGUUCCCUGAUGCAAAUUAUCCACAAUUGGUGCCAUCGCUGUCUAUCCUGUGCUGUACACAUGUGCUGCUUAUAAUAAGCAUGUAUCCUGCCUUCCAGGGGUUGUUUUGGCCUUUUCUUUUUGGGUUUUAUGCAGAAAUUUCGGUUCCUACCUUUAUCAAGUGAUAUUUUGCUGUGCAACUCAUGUCGAAAACCAUUCACUCCGUUUGGAGUGGUUUUUUGGAAGCUCUUUCCCAUCUCUUUCUACUUUUACAACCCUGAGAGACAUGUUGGGGUCCCCUCACCCCACCCACCCACUCCGGAGCUAUUUAAGACCUGUGUGCUCUCUGGGAAGGCAAAAGAGAAACUCAGACCUGGAACCAAAUGCCUAUCAGCUCCUGAAGUUGGCCCGCUAAUAUUUUGUACCAGGACGUCCAAAUUUCCAUCGGAGAAAUGUUGGAGGGUAUGCAUUUGUUAGGAUAGGUUAAUAUUUUAUAUUAUAAACUGCCUUGACUGCCUUAAUGCAAAGAUGGGAUGUGAAUGCAAUAAUACAUAUUUUUUAAAAAAUGUUUGCACAACUGUAUGAGGGCCACUUACCGUAUUUUUCACCCUAUAGGACGCACCGGCCCAUAGGAUGCACCUAGUUUUUUUGGGGGGGAUAAAGAAAAAAAAUUUAUUCUCCCCCCCCCCAGCCGCGGGACCUCCCGCAGGGCUCCCCAGCCUGCGGAUGUCUUCCUGAAGCGCCGGGCGCUCUGCUUUCAGCGCCCCGCGCUCCAGCAAGCAAGCUGCUAUCCGCAGCCUGGGGAGCCCUGCAGGAACUCCCGCGGGCUCCCCAGGCUUAUGGAUAGCUUCCUGAAGCCUGGAGAGAGAGAGGGGUCGGUGCGCACCGACCCCUCUCGCUCUCCAAGCUUCAGCAAAAGCCUGCAUUUGCCCCAUAGGACGCACACACAUUUCCCCUUCAUUUUUGGAGGGGAAAAAGUGCAUCUUAUAGGGCGAAAAAUACGGUACCUGCUCCCACAUAUACCUGCCAGACCAUUUUCCACGUGCCCCUACUGUCAGAUGCGAGAUCAGUGGCACAAGAGUAAUUUCUGUGGAGAUCCACCUUGGGGUGGGGGCAGGUAUUAUACUGCACUGUAUAAACUUUGGGAAGAAUUUUUAAAAAAUGAAUCUGCUUUAAUAUAUGUCUUUUUCCUUCCCCCUGUCCCAAUUAGGGUUAGAGUAAGCCAGGACGGACAAUUUCUACAUUAUGUCUUCCCAUAUCAAUUCCUGGAUUCCCCUGAAUGGGAAUCACUGCCCCCUUCGGAAGAGGGAACAUUUCAGGUAACCUCACAGAACACAAUUGCAUCUUUAGGUUUUUUUGAGAUUGUGUGUUGUGUGUGUGGUGGUUUUUCUUUGUUUGUUUACUUUCUGGGUCAGAAUCAUAUAACAACAAGAACAGCAACUGGUUCCCCCAGCCACUCUGGGCAACUUCCAACAAAGUAAAACACAGUGAGACAUCAAGCAUUAAAAACUUCCCUAUACUGGGCUGCCUUCAGAUGUCUUCUAAAAGUCAGAUACAGUCAAACCUCGGUUGUCAAAGGUAAUCCGUCCUGGAAGCCCGUUCCAGGCUUCCAAAACGUCCUGACAACUGAAUUACGGCUUUUGAUCGGUUGCAAGAUCUUCCUGCACUCAGCAGAAGCCAUACUGGAUGUUUGGCUUCCAAGAAAUGUUUGAAAACCGAAGCAUUUACUUCCGGGUUUUUGGCAUUCGGGAGCUGAAUAGUUCGGGAGCCAAGGUUUGACUGUACAGUCAUACCUCGGGUUGAAUGUGCUUCGGGUUGAGCGUGUUCGAGUUGCACUCCGCAGCAACCCAGAAGUAACGGAGCGCGUUACUUCUGGGUUUCGCCUUUUGCACAUCCGCUCAAAAUGACAUCACGCGCAUGCGCCGAAGCGCCGAAACAUGACCCGCGCACGCGCAGAUGUGUGGACACAGGUUACGUUUGCUUCUAGAUGCGAAUGGGGCUCUGGAAAGGAUCCCGUUCGCAUCUAGAGGUACCACUGUAGUUGUUUAUUUCCUUGACAUCUGAUGGGAGGGUGUAGUAGAGGCUGGGGUACAAAGAACUGCUCUAGUCAUUCCAUGCACUCAAUAAAUCUUUGGACUUAUGUUUCUUAGUAAUCCAACCUCUACCCCACUGAUGCCACAUAGCAAGCUGCAUACAAAUUGUACCUCAGAAGUUGAACAGAAUCCGUUCCGGAAAUCCGUUCGACUUCCAAGAUGUUUGGAAACCAAAGCGCGGCUUCUGAUUGGCUGCAGGAAGCUCCUGCAGCCGAUCGGAAGCCGCCAAAGCCCCGUCAGACAUUCAGCUUCCAAAAGAACAUUCGAAAACCGGAAUAUUCACUUCUGGUUUUUGAUCUUUCGGGAGCUGGAACGUUUGACUCCCAAUGCGUUCAGCAGCCGAGGUACGACUGUACUUUGAAAGCGAGGAGACUUUCAAAAGCAAUGUCUGUGGUGAUCUAUGGAGAUCUGUCGUUAAACAAAAGAAAGGUGAAAAUCCAAACUGGGGAUGCUUAAAAUAGCUGUUUGGAUCUCCAAAGCAACUGGAUCCCCAAAGCCCAAGGGUUGGGAUUCAAAGCUGAGGUCUCCUGGGUUCAGCUUGCCUUUAAAUUCUCUUGAGACCAGCUGUAGACGUUUGAAAUGACCAUGACAUUCCAGAGGAAAGUGGACUUUGGGGUUAACGUCUUCAUUAUUAUGGGACAUCCAUGUCACAGUAUUUUUAACACUGGACAACUCCAGACGCCAUAAGAUUGCUCUAUCAAAAAAUUCUUUUAAAACACUCAGUAAGCCCUCCCCAAAUCGCCCAAAUACAAUUCCUGCACAAUGUUUGGAAUGAAUGGUGUCUCCCUGUGUCUGAGGUCCUUUUAAGAAUUCAGAGUCAGGAUCCGUGACACGGUAAGAGUUUUGUCGUCUGGGCUGAUAAAUGGACUGUUCACUAUACUCAAUGGGACUGUGAUGGCCUGCAGGAAACUUUAAAAUAGAACGCACGGUGACAGGCUGUGGAAAAAUCUCAAAUAUCCAUUCCUGUAUGGAGUGCCCAGCAGCUGCCUCUGAAGCAAACGUCUUCAUGGAAUAGCUGUGCUACAAAAGUGAAGGGGGGGUGUAGAUAAGAUAUGGGACACAGAUUUAGGAAGAAAGGAGGUGGCAAAUUUGGGCCCUUUCCAGGAUGCUUCAAGUCUUAGCUGUCUGUGAAUGCAUAGGCUGCAAUGUUCUUUGAUGCUUGCCAUUUUCCAAAUUCAUGGGCUGAACAUCGCAGACAUCAUACCGUACUUCUUUUAUACGUUCUGUACUGUUUAGUUGCUGCCUAAACUAAAAAUGUGACAUACAUUAUAUUUCCUCAAUUUUCUUUUUCUUUUUUAAACCAAAAAUGUCACAUCUCUAAUUUUGCCCUGAAGCUCGUAAACUGGCUGAAAUUUCCUUGAAGCAUCAGAUUAUUUUUAAAGCCUGAGGCUGUAUCAAGGAAACAAGCACAGUAGUGUUCCUCUUGCUUCCCUUAGAAGCCAAUCCUUUUCCCCUAUUAGGUUUGACUGCGUUUCUUGUAGAAAACAGCGAAAACUGAUUUUUAUUUCAUUGGAAUAACAUUAUGUGACUUCACUAUAAGCUGACCAAGUUUUCUAACGGGCUGGGAAAUGCUGCUUGGAAAAUGGGUUUCUCAUCCCCUGCAGUCUUUCAGAGCUCCCUUAGGAAAGCGAUCCUAUUCUGGCUCCCCUCAGUGAGGAGGCCGAAGCAACUGCUUGCUUGGCAGCAGCAUUAAAUAUCAGACUCAAGGACAUGGCGUGUCGCCUCUCCAUGUUCUACUUCCCAAGCCACCAUUCCUUGGGUCUUGGCCAAGGAGAUUCCUGGACCCAGGGAGGCCUCUAGGAGAAUGUGGCUGAGCUCUUCCAUCUUGCCCGUGCCAACGUCUCAUUUACCCACUCCAGUGAAUGAAAUCCUGUGUACAUUUCAAAAGUCUGGGGAAACACACAUCUUUUCUCUCUUGCCAGAGUUUUACAUUUCCCCAAACCUGUAAAAACAAAAGAAGCAGCUCUCAUUUAAAUGAUUUCAGAUAAAAUACAGGAACGGUGUUGGGUGUCAGAGAGAAUUGGCACCAUACGGUGGUUUGUGAUAUUUGCUUUAUUUACACCUGUGCAAGCAUAACGCACACAGUGGAGGCAAAUGUUAUUCAUUACAUUUAUCGGAGGCCUCCUCACCAAACUUCUCUUGGCAAUAAACAAAUUAAACAACCUAUCAUUGCAAAUCUAAGAAAACGUCUAACAAAAAUCCUAAAAACUGUAAGAAAUUAUGUCCGAGCAGAGUUUGUACAUACAGUUCAGCCACAUAUUAUUAAGCUGUGGUUGACACUUGUAUGUAUGAACUCUGCUGGAACAUAUGAUUAUGGAUUUUAGGAUUUGUUGUGUAGCUAUUUGCAGAGCGGCAGAGAGCAUCUUUGUGAUGUCAAAACACCCCCUAAAAUCACGGUGAGAUUCAGAGAUUAAAAUGUUAAUGUCCACUAUUUCAUAAUUUUAAGUAAUUUUUGAAGACUCUGAAAAUAAAAAGAACUUCACCUGGCACCAAAAAUACCUUAUGGUUGAUGACAGGUAAGCCUCUUUGAGAAGAACAUUCCACAGUAGUCUGCAUUUGUGUGUCACUGUUAAAAAGGUCCUCUUCUGUGUCAACAUCUCCCAUAUAUCUGAUUGUGAGGAUGCUUGAAGGAGAGCCUCAGCUGAUAAUCAUGGGGCACAGGUAGAUACAUCUGAGAAGAGGUUAUCUUUCAGGUACUAAGGCGUUUUAUAGUAAAAAACACUCCUACAGUACAGUACAAACUUUUCUAGGCAUAUUUAUUGUAAAAUCUCCUUUCCAAAAACAUUUGAAUUCAAAAGCAAUAUAAACACCCUCUCAUUAAUCUGGAGCCCUCAUACAUUUUUUGCACUGGGGGGUGUUACGUACUGAAGUUCUCACCCUGGGCCAGCAGGGGGGUACUGUAGAUAGUUUUCACUCAGGUCCACAUAUGCAAAUAAGGGAUUGAAAGUGACUUUCAGUGAUUGGAUAGUUACAGAAAGUGGUUACUGUUGCGUUCUAGUGGAGCUCUAUAUAAGCAGGCUGGCUGAACCCUUCAGCUCAGUUCUGCUCUGGCCUGUGAAUAAACAAGAGCUGUUUGAAGAAUCGCUGUGUCGUCUGAUAUGUUCACCCACAACUUAACAAUAAGCUUCAUCGGGGUGUCCCCCCCUUGAGCCCCCUUCACUUACCAGCUGUGGCCCAAUACAUAACACCUCCCACCCCCAAUGCGGAGCCUGGGAAGGGGGCUGGGGAGGUCAUCCAGAAGAGCCUCCCCUUGGAGCCUGCCUGGCUGCGGCCUGAGUUGGGGGGGGGCUGCCUCUGCCGGGGGGUAGGCACGCAGGAGAGGGAGCGGCAGCGCAGGCACCCCUCUCCUUGGCAGGCGAGGCUGCACCUCCGUGGCCGGGAGACGCGCUUUGGGGCCAGGGCCGCGUGAGCGCGCAGAGGGAGUUCUGGCGGGGAAGGCGUGCUCCCUGGUAUCUGGAGGCCCCAGUUGGGCAGCCCGGGCUCCGUCUGCUCGGCCCCAGCUGCUUUGCCGAGCCCAGGUCCGCAUCCACGGCGGCCGAGACCCAGGGGUGUUAUGUACUGAAGUUCUCACCCUGGGCCAGCAGGGGGAUACUGUAGAUAGUUUUCACUCAGGUCCACAUAUGCAAAUAAGGGAUUGAAAGUGACGUUGAGUGAUUGGAUAGCUACAGAAAGUUGUUACUGUUGCGUUGUUGUGGAACUCUUUAUAAGCAGGCUGGCUGAACCCUGCAGUUCAGUUCAGUUCUGCUCAGGCCUGUGAAUAAACAAGAGCUGUUUGAAGAAUCGCUGUGUCGUCUGAUAUGUUCGCCCACAACUUAACAGGGACAGUAUUGCAGCAGAAGUUUGGACAGCGUGGUGACUUUUUUUUACACUCGAUAAAAAGGUCUGAUGUAGCCACCUCUCCUCUCUCCUUCCCUUUGCAGGUAACGCUGACAGCAGAGACUGACUGUAGCUUCAUCACUUGGCAAAGGAAGGAUCUCUACUUGCUCCUGGCGAAAGAGCGCUAUAUUGCCCGCCUCUUCUCAAUCCUCCUUGGCUUUGACAUCUCAGAGAAACUGUAUGCCCUGAAUGAGAAGCUUUUUGCUAAAUUCGGCUUGCGGUUUGACAUCCGCCUUCCCAGCCUCUACCACGUCCUGGGACCUGCCUCUUCUGACAUGGAGCUGGAGAAAGAACCAGAGGAAAACGAGGGUCCAGCAGCACCCUCAGGCCUUUCGCCCACCUUUGUCCAGACAGCUCCUGCGGCCCCUUGCACUGUGUCUCCUCCUGCCCCUCCUGCCCAUCUCAGGAGACCUCGGCCUGACAGUGACCUGUCUGGUGAGGAUUCUACCAGUCUUGUAUUGGAAGAUUUUGCUGAGUUGACAGGGUCCUUUAUGGACUAUUUGAGCGAAGGGGAAUAUAUGAAGUGAGGGCACUUCUAACAUGGGCACACAUCACCCUGUGUAAGUAAGUACUCUUUGUGACGUUAGGAAGAAACACAACUGUGUGUGCUGGGAGGUGGUGUUUGAUGUGUCCAGCAUGCUGUGCACACCAUUGUGCUGGUUUUCCUUGCAGGAUGUGAAGGACGCACAUCUAGACUCCCAAAGGCUAGUCUGAGUCCUCCUUACAGCAUGAAGUAGUGUCAGGCUUUGGGGAAUUGGCUUCCUCCCCCAUGGCAGUAACAAAAGAUCAAACGAAAGGAGCAUCUUACCAGUUAGAAUCUUUAAUAAUCACAGUGAGAGAACAAAGAGCGCGUCUCCUAGAAAUGGCGGUGCUCCUAAUUAAGGGUUACUCCUCCCCCUUCGUCCCUAUUAAUCUACGCCACUCCUACGUCUUGUAACCUGAGCUUGUCACUUCUGCGUUUUCAGUUCUAACACUUUCUGAGCUCUCCAUGUCCUUGGAGAAGGGGGGUGAAUGCUGUCCAGAAACUGUGAAUCUGUUAACUCUCUCUCUUCUAAUGUUUCUUCUGCUAGCUGUUCCCCAUCCAGUACUUCCCAGCUUCUGCCUUCUGAACUGUGCCCCUCUGCAAACCACUAUUCCAAAUCUAUACUGUCCUCCUGCUCUUGGGAAGAUACAGGGGGAGGGGGAGGCUCCCACCAUUCCUUCUCAGUGCAGCCCUCCUCAGCACUGUCCCUGGCAAGUGGCCCCGAUCCAAGCAGCUUCAAAUGUGAGGUUUGAGCCUCAGGCCUGCCUGGAUGUUAUACCUGCUAGAUAUGUAGGUUCAGCAUAAGCUUUCAAAGCCAGUUCAAGAAGUUGCAAAUUAGGACCUGACAAAGUGUUGUUAUUUAUGGACCUUAAGGUCCUCCGCGGGGCAGACCAGGAGAGGCGGUCCCGUAGGUACGAGGGUCCUAGUUUUGAAACGUUUGAAAACCGAAGACUCAACAGCUGACAGCUAGGCCUCCGGAUCUUGCACAUAGUGGAAGCCACGUGGCAUGUUCGACUUCUGAGGCUUGUUCAAAAACCAAAUAAUUUACUUCUGUGUUUACAGCAUUCAUAAACCAAAAUGUUUGUCAACGGAGACGUUCGAAAACCGAGGUACCACUGUAUCUCCUUGAUGGUUCUCCCAGGCAAUUUCCUGAGCACAGGUUUGGCUCAAUCCAGCAUCUGGCAGCCCAUUUCAAUACUCCAAGCACUGAUUGAACGCCAACAUUUACUAGAUCCACAAAUUAUGGGUGCAUUGCACCCAUAAACUCUGGAACCCACAAACGCAUAACAAUGUGGAUAAAAAGUUCUAACAAGAAUGACAAUAUGCUUUUUGUCCUGCAGCUUCUGGAAGCCUCCUGAGGAGUAAUCGCCAGGCCUCUGCAGAAAGACGAGCCCCUCUGGCUCCUACGCAAACCCCAGAACUCUAGAGAAAGAGUUUGGACUCUCAAAGACGUCACCAUAUGGUCACUCAUGGCUGAUCAUAAUGGUGCUCCUUACUUGUGUGUCGACACGUGGAUUGCACCAGCACCAGCAUGGCACACUUGGAAGUGCAUGCAUGAGACUGAAGUGUGAUGUUGGAACACUUCCCACAGAUUGUUGACCUGCAGUGGCACCGGGCUCUUUCGGAUUGUCUGUAUUCUUGAGCACUUGCCGUAUGGUUCUGCUGUGAGGUGCAUUAAACGUCUUGGAAAUGGUAUCUAUAGCUAAUGAAUGGAAUUUGCUCUCUGUUGAGGGGCUGUUGAGUAGUCUUCUAUUGCAAAACAUGGUGGGAGGGAAUUACAGUGGCACCUCGGGUUAAGAACUUCAUUCGUUCUCAAGGUCCGUUUUUAACCUGAAACUGUUCUUAACCUGAAGCACCACUUUAGCUAAUGGGGCCUCCUGCUGUCGCUGUGCCGCCGGAGCACGAUUUCUGUUCUCAUCCUGAAGCAAAGUUCUUAACCCGAGAUAAUAUUUCUGGGUUAGCGGAGUCUGUAACCUGAAGCAUCUGUAACCUGAGGUACCACUGUAUGUAUAUCCUUUUAAAUGAGUUUGUGGAAGGGAGGUUAUUGGUUCAUUUUGGUUUUUCUUUUAUUAUGUAUUUUGUGUUUUCAUUUUGCAGUUUUAAUGUUGUGAACUGCCCUGUGAUCUUCAGA